AUGGGCAAAUUCUACGAUGAGAUCCCCGACUUCCUCAUAAAAUGGAUCAAGCAGCAGAAGAUGUUCUGGGUCGCAACGGCCCCGCUGUCUCCUACAGGCCACGUUAACGUCUCGCCGAAGGGAUACGGGCACACUUUCCAUGUCAUCGAUCAGCACAGAGUGUGGUACGAGGACUUGACGGGCAGUGGUGUUGAAACGAUAUCUCAUUUGCGAGAGAACGGGAGGAUCACCAUCCUGUUUUCUGCCUUUGAAGGUCCACCACGUAUCGUCCGGUUGUUUGGGACUGGCACUGUCCACGAGUUCGGCACGCCCGAAUACAACGAGUUGAUUCCGAGAGAGAAGAGGAGCGUUGGAUCACGUUCGGUCAUCGUGGUGGACGUCCAUAAGGUUGGCACUUCGUGUGGGUUUUCAAUCCCCUUCUACGCGUACAAGUCGGACCGCAUGCUCUUGAACAAGAUCGCUGCCCAGAAAGAGCUCGUCGACGUCAAAGUUGAAUCAGCAGCACUCGCCAGCUGUGAUGAUGAACCGGAUUCGGAGAAGUUGCCGUUGUCCGACGAUGGGCUCAAGGACUACUGGAAGAAUCACAACGCGAAAAGCAUCGAUGGUCUUCCCGGGCUUCUCGGCUCGUUCCUGUCGCGGAAUAUCUUCAACGAGGCUGCUGCGUCCAAGGACUGGGGCAAAGAUGAUGUGACUGUCUCGACGAAGAUGAAGAUGAAGGCGAAGGCGAAAGCUUCAAUUUGGGGGGCAGGUGGCGUUGCACAAGUUGUCGACCUAAAGGUGUUUGCCGGCUUUGUGUUGGGUGUUGUGACAACGGGGUUAUGGAUCAACUUUGCAGCUUUGCUGAGAGCGAAGGUGCUGUAG